AUGAUUUUAGAAGGACUCCUGAGGUAUUUGAUGACGCCGCAGCUUCAAUGCCCGUCGGCCAGCGAAGAGAAGGAAGAAGAGCUUCAGGUCUGUGAGGAGGUCCAAGAACAUGUAGAACAUGUCGCUGAGUUCCUGGACGUGGAGCCCAGGCCAGGGCCCAAGGCUUUGGCUGUCGAGGAUGAGGUGCUCCGAGAAGUUGGGCUACAUCCAUUCGCCGAAGCCGGGAUUGAAGCAUCAGCGAAGGCUCUUCGUGAUGUAUGUGUGCGGUUUCAGUUGACUCUGCUGGAAGUGGAGCCUUUGCUUCUUCCUCCAUGGAUCAUGGACACAGCGUUUCCCUCGCGGGAGAUGUUCUUUGCUUGCUUACAUCUGGAAGCUUGCUUUCAGCAAUGGCCAGCAAAUGGAGAGAACUUUGAGAAGACCAUCAACAAUGACAGCAUGGACUUAUUCUUCGGCGAAUUGGGGAAAACUUCGAGCUUUGCCAGCGACUCGCCCUUGUUCCAGCAUCCCGUGGUGGGUUCAAGCAACUCAUGUCGCUGGGUGGAGCUUCUUAACGGAAGUGUCCUUGCUAGACUUAUGAGUCCAGACCUCACAGGGCUUUGCUUGCACCGCUUGAUGGUGCCGGAGCGCUUUCGUGUCACACAGGCGCUCCUCGCUGCGCUCCGUCGCGUGACAUGGGCUCCUGAGCACGCCUUCAUCUUUCCGGACUGGCAUCAGCACCGAAUGGCUCUCAUUUCAUGGAUUGGCAAGGAGCUUGGCUUUGGCAUGUUUCUGUGGGCCGACAAAGUUUUACCCUUUUUGCCCAUUGAGCCCUACUACGCUCCUGAGUGCUGA